AUGAACUAUGAAGAAAGUCCACCCACAGCCACUCCAGCAAGUUGUGCGAUCAACCUUGUCAACACUAUUUUAGGCACUGGUUUACUUGCCAUGCCAGCAGCAUUGGCUUCAAUAGGACUGAUACCAGGCAUUGCUGUUGUCUUCCUAUCGGCAGUGGCAUCAGGUAUGGGUUUAUACUUUCUGUCUCGCUGCGCUGCACGCACGGAAGGCCGGAAUGCAUCAUUCUUUGCUAUUUCCAAAUUAACGUGGCCCAAUCUUGCCGUAUUUUUUGAUCUGGCUAUUGCCAUCAAAUGCUUUGGCGUGGCGGUGAGCUAUCUGAUCAUCAUCGGUGACCUUAUGCCUCAGGUGGUUGCUUCGUUCUCUGAUCAUGCAGGAGCACAGGACCAAAUGCUACUGGAUAGACGCUUCUGGAUCACCGUGUUCAUGGCCAUGACCAUCCUCCCUCUUAGUUUCUUGAGAAAGCUGGACUCUCUCAAAUAUACCAGCAUCGUUGCUUUGGUUGCAGUCGUUUAUCUUUGUGCUAUCGUCAUCUACUACUUUUUUGCACCCACUCCCCUUACUCCUGACGGCAAAGAGCCUGUCAUCGAGCUCGUCAGCUUUACUGUCGUAUUUUUCAGACGAUUGCCGCUGUUUGUGUUUGCCUUCACAUGCCAUCAGAAUAUUUUUUCUGUAUACAAUGAGCUCAAGGACAAUAGCCAAUUCCAAGUCACUAAGGUGAUCAGCUCAUCUAUUGGAAGUGCGGCUGGUGUCUAUCAAGCCAUUGGCAUUAUGGGAUAUCUGACGUUUGGCAAGGAUGUGCUCAGCAACGUCAUUCUUGAAUAUCCUCAAAGUCCAUUUGUUGCCGGUGGUCGACUUGCUAUCGUGGUACUCGUUGUGUUCAGCUAUCCCCUUCAAGCACAUCCAUGCCGUGCAUCCCUGGAUAAGAUUUUAGCAUGGCGAUCACCGGAAGCUCGGGGACUCAAAGUACCUCCGCCGCCAUCUGCACUCAAAUACUUUAUCAUGACGACGACGAUCCUCGUGGGAAGUUAUCUGAUCGCCAUCACAGUGUCCGAGUUGGACCUGGUACUGGCGUUUGUGGGAUCGACAGGAUCUACAACCAUUUCAUUCAUUCUCCCUGGCAUCUUUUAUUACAAGAUCCAUGAGAAUGAUCCCUGGAAACCGGGCAAAAUCUCCGCCGUGUGCUUGGCCAUUUAUGGUAUUCUGGUGAUGGGCGUCUGUUUGACAUUUAACAUCAUUCGUGUUGUGAAAUAG